AUUGAUCCUUCCAUCUUCUCGAAAGUACGACACACGGACGACGAACCUUGCCCAACAUACAAGUACAGCUGCCAGCCGCACAACUUGCUUCUUUGCAGAUCAACUGGGUAUCCUCACAUUAGCUCGAUCCGGUAUUCAAACACUAUAAUUGGACCCAUUUUCGCUGCAACCAAGGCACGCCAACGGACACCAUCAACUCCGGUUAACUUACGGCCCAAGUACCCUGCAUAUCUUGAAUUUGCUGGCUACAUCAUCGGGCUGUCACGCACACCUCGCACAUAUAUUACGAACUUGAACCCUCGGCUUGAAGGCUUGCGCAUCAUCACCACGCUACAAAGUCUUCCCAUCGCUCAAGUCACACACACACACAACAACACAACUCACUACCUACACUACACUACACUACACCACUACACAACCAAACAAGGCCACCACUACAAGCUCUUCAGUUCUUCCAUACAAACAAGCCACAAUGUUCUCUUGCGCCAACUACGAGCGAGGCUGCAGGGGCCGAUGCAACCGCAUGAACGGUCGAUGUGACAGCUGCCACACACUCAACCUCCAAGUGCGCAGCAAUAGCUCCUCAUCCGCAUCUUCAGUCAACAGCCUUCCGUCAGCUGCCUAUUCGGCAAUGACCAGCUCCUUCGCAUCCCUCUCACAAGCCAACUCCUCUUCGACAAGGGCACAAUAACGGUUGACUGCACCCCAUCGGCGAUAACAACAUCGACGCAGACACCAUCACGACAUUCAACGACAUCAUUUUUAUCCAAGCAUUAGCGACCUGACCUUUGCGACGGUGUUUCGAGAACACCCUUGACUUCACGAACAAGCGAGCGACUAUGGGAGGUCUUUGAGACCGGGAUUUUUGUUUUAGCAUUUACAUUGGAGCCUAUUACUUUGUAGUAGUUGUACAACAUGUCAUUAUUUUCUUCUCUUUGCUACCCGCGGGGCGUUUGGCAGCAAAUGGCGUAACAUGGGGAAACGGGCUUUCAGAGCCCAUCACGCGUUGAUUGGCACAGCCUUUCCGCGGAGGGAAACAGGAAUUUAGAAAUUACAUAUUACCUCACAUGCCAUAUGCUAUUC